AUGUCGGGACCGCCAUCGGAACAGACCAUUGAAGAAUUGCAAUACGAGCAAGUGGAUCUAUUGCAUCUACAGAAUUCUGUAGGACUUACAUCCGUGCCAUGGUGUAGCUUCCGUCUCAAUUGUAUCAAUUAUGCAUGUGUUGCACUUCUGAUUUAUUAUGUUGCCCUGAACUUGCCACCUGACAUACGGCGUCUGUGGGGGCGAAGAUCCAUUGCCACACUACUUUCUGCCAUAAACUGGUUUGCUAUCAUUGGCACUAUCAUUACGAAUACCCCUCUUCCAGCUAAUACUAUCCAAGUAUCGUCGCUCGCUCCUAGUAUAUCUCUGGUCGUCCCGGACAUCCUCGUUGUCGUAGCAACAUGGUACUAUAUCAGCCGUACAAGCUCGAUGAGAACACAACUGGUACAUGAUAUGUGGACUGCAAGACCCAAUCUCAUAACCGUUAUGUUCCGACAUGGUACAUCGUAUUUCCUGUAUGUGGAGAAGAACACGUACGUGUUUGAUAAUACUCAUUGCAGGCACAGCACUAUCUCGCUGCCGAACGUUGCUGAUCUCGUCGCAAUCAGUAGCUCUGACAUCGCGGUAGAUAUAUCAUAUUUGACUGCAGUGAUGUCAAGCAUACUCGUCUCCCACUUCCUCAUCUGCAUCCGCGAAGCCGCAGAGCGCUCAACACAGGCAUUGAGCUCCCGGUCUCUGUCUUUCAUUGACUCACAAGGCAACUCUGUCUCCCGAUCGUGGCUCUCUAGCAUAGAGUUUGCCGCCGACAUCGCCAACCCCUCUGCGCGAGGAAGUGGCGUAAAUGCUUUCUCUGAUCUCGAAGACGACUUGGAUUCAAGAGGCGAAGAUGACUCAGGAGACGCGAGUAAUGAUGGAGUAGAGCUAGAGGAAUACUUAGCCUCUGUCCGUUCUGUAGAUGCACGCACAUCCUGA